AUGGGCUCUGAAUUGUAUCCCCUCCGGCGGUCUGGUAUCUACUGCAACCUGCCCUCGUUCGACCCGAGUCUCAAGAACUUGAGCGCAAUUGUCGUUGGCGCCACAGGAAUCUCGGGGUUCAAUACCAUUCGGGCAUUGCUGGACGUACCGGGACGCUGGUCGACCAUCUACGCCAUCUCCCGCAGUCCAUUCGGCGACGAAAUGCUAUCCCUUUUCUCUCCAGAGCAGAGAGCUUGCAUCAAGCAUGUUUCCGUCGACCUGACUGGUUCUGGGAAGGGUAUUGGCGCCAGCCUCAAGGAUGCUGGGGUGAAUGCGAACUAUGUUUUCUUCUACGGCUACAUCCACCCCUCAGGCGUGUCAGCUAUGGACCCCCAGGCAGAGGAGCAGAUGGCCAAGACGAACGUCCCUCUGUUCAACAACUUCCUGGACGCGCUUUCCGUUGCUAACAUCAGGCCGAAGCGUAUCCUCUUACAGACCGGUGGGAAAAACUACGGUGGACAGAUCGGACGUGCUCGGACUCCCUACGUCGAAUCGGAUCCGCAGCCAAAGCAUCUCUCGAUCAACUUUUAUUACAAACAAGAAGAUGCCCUCAAGAGUUACUGCUCGGCACAUCCUGAAUGUUCUUGGUCAGUGAUUCGUCCGUUCGGAGUCAUCGGAGCUGUUCCCAGCGCCGGCAUGAACACGUUCCUGCCCUUCGCAGUCUUAGCGUCUGUAUCGGCAGCCAAAGACGAGCCAGUCUUCUUCGGAGGCGACAUUUCCGAGUGGCAAUAUGAGGCGCUGCACUCGACAUCCAUCCUAACCGGCUUCCUUAGCGAAUGGGCGGUCCUCGAAGACAAGUGCAAAAACCAGGCCUUCAACUCGAGUGACGGUAGUCCUCUCACGUGGGACAGAUUCUUCGAAGAACUAGUUCGAUGGUACGACGUGAAGAAGGGCAUUGAGGGCCCUCAGAUGGACCACAACAAAUUCCAGGUCACGCAACUCGCGGGCGGACAAGACGCACCGCUUGGCUACGGACCUCCGCCUGCCAUCAAGUUGUCUCGCACUCUUGCGGAGUGGGCUCAAGACUCGAGUAACGGGGAGACGUGGAAACGCAUGAUGGACGAAUCCGAAGGCAAGCUGAAGGUAAACGUCUUCCAAUCGGGCAUGGAUGUGUUUAUGGGAGAUUUUGCCUACUACAAGAUCGGACAACCUUCGUCAGCCAAAGUCCGCAGGUUCGGGUUCUGUGGGUUUGUGGAUACUCUGGAGAGCGUGUUCCAAAUGUUCCAGGACAUGGCGAAAAUGCGGGUGCUUCCGGCGCCCAAGGUCGAUGCUGCGAGGCCCAUGGUCUGA